AUGGCUCGGAAAUCACAAACCAUAGCCUUGCUCAUCUUCUUCGUUGCUGUAGCACUAAGCAAAACCUCUUAUGCCACUGUCAUUUCCACCUACUGGGGUCAAAAUCUUUAUGAGGGAACCCUGAAGGAAGCAUGUGACUCCGGAAUAUAUGGUAUCAUAAACUUAGCUUUCCUUAACGUUUUUGGUGGCGGCCAAACUCCGUCUAUGAACCUUGCCGGUCACUGCGACCCACCAAGCGGCAACUGCGUCAUAUUCGGGGAACAAAUAACAUAUUGCCAGGGACUAGGAAUUAAGAUAUUGCUUUCACUUGGCGGUGCAGCUGGUAAUUACUAUCUAAGUUCUCGAGAUGAUGCCCAAAGUGUAGCAGAUUAUUUAUGGACCACAUUUUUGGGAGGAAGAACAUCUGCUGGUCCAUUAGGAGAUGCCACGUUGGAUGGUAUUGAUUUUGAUAUAGAAGGGAUUUCGAAUUUGCACUACGAUGAUCUUGCCCGCUUCCUUAAAGAGAAAAGCGAAAGCGUCCACUUAUCUGCAGCUCCUCAAUGUCCAUUCCCUGAUUAUUAUAUGGGGACUGCCAUUGAGACCGGCCUUUUUGACUCUGUUUGGACUCAAUUUUAUAAUAAUCCCCCAUGCCAGUACCAUGAUGGUGUCACCACCGACCUUAUAAACUCAUGGAAUCAGUGGACUACCUCGAUAAACGCGACGAGGUUAUUUUUGGGGUUACCGGCGGCCGUGAAUGCUGCUCCUUCUGGAGGGUAUAUUCCAGUGGACACUCUAAUUUCUGAUGUUCUUCCGGUGAUAGCAGACACAGACAAAUAUGGAGGCGUAAUGCUUUGGAGUCGAUAUUAUGAUGUGCAAACUGGGUAUGGUGCUUCUAUCAUAUCUUCUACCCUCGGGGAUGGCUUUGUGUCCUCUUCUUAA